AUGUCGGGGGACUCUAACAUAGGCGGCUGGGCUCAUGUUGGGGAGUAUCAGACCCGGAAGAGAACGGUAUCCCUGAAUACCGGCCCAAUCGCACUGGCAAACAAGGAUAUUCAAACCUACUACGAUCAGCCUGAUCUUGAAGCCGUGGAACCAUGGGUUCUGAAGCCCGAGAUACCAUCGGAAGAAGAGAUUCUCGGUACUGACUCGGGAGAUACUGUUGACCUAGCACCAAACAACAUAGACGGCCCUUGGAUCUCGAAAGAAGCUUACCUUCGGACGCAUUACAAUCUACUGAGGGAAGAUUCAGUGGCUCCCCUACGCGACGCUGUGGCAUAUGUGAGAGAGAGACCACACAUGAUGGAUUCGAAAGAUGUCUCGAUUUAUGAUAAGGUUCGUUCAUAUUUCGUCCUGAAUAUCGAAUGCCUUUGGCCAUACACUAACGCACCUAAGGUCUACGUUGUAGGACUCACUUUCGCGCAGCAAGGACUGGGUUUUCGCAUCCAGUUUUCGACUCAGAGAUCGGGUAAACGGAUCCUUUGGGAGUACACCAAGCGAUUGAUUAGUGGGACCGUCGUCGCUCUAUCUCCUGCGGCAGAUGCCUUUCAGACUAAGUGCGUUCUCGCUCUCGUGGCUGCUAGACCCCUGGAAACUGUACAGCGACAGCCUCCGAUGAUCGACAUUUAUUUCGCUCGGCCAGACGAGGCAGAUUUCGAUCCCCAUCAGGAAUGGAUCAUGGUCGAGGCGAAGACCGGCUACUACGAAGCCUCAAGACACACAAUGACAGCGCUACAAAAGAUGAGUCGAGAAAAAUUCCCUCUUGCUGACAAUAUUUGCUUUCUCAUGCAGAAUGUCGAGCCGCCCCCGUACAUUCAGCAGAACCCAGUGCUUGAAUUACAGUCAGCUAUCGAUGAGAAUGAAUUGGAUGGCAAGGUCAACGUCUUGGAUGGGUGGCCACAUUCUCUGACGGGUGACCUCGAUAGCACGCAGUGGGAAGCAUUGCAUCAGGUGCUCACGAAAAGCCUCACUAUUGUACAGGGUCCUCCAGGGACCGGAAAGACAUUUGUCUCGGUCAUGGCCCUCAAAGUCCUGAUUGCCAACAUGAAGCCAGGUGAUCCUCCAAUUAUCGUAUCUUCGCAGACUAACCAUGCCCUUGAUCAACUUCUGGUCCAUAUCUCGCGAUUCGAGCCCAGUUACAUCCGAUUGGGUUCGAGAAGCAGUGACCUUGAGGUCAAAAAGCGCACCCUCUUCAAUGUGAGGAAGAGUCAACCUACCGUUCCUGUUCAUGGGAGCAUUCUAGGGUCCGCGCGAGGCAAACAGCGAUCCCUUCAACAAAGCAUCAUGGCGCUCCUUAAGCCUUUUGACUUGAAAAGCUCUAAUGCUCCUAUCCCUUCUUCUCUUUUCUUCAACUAUGGGUUGCUGACGCAGGCCCAAUACGACUCCCUUUCCAAAGGAGCAAAAGACUGGAUUCGACCGGGUGAUCGGGACGAUGCUGACCCUAUUUCUGCUUGGCUCGGAGACCAGUUAGUGAGGUUCAGAGUCACUUAUGCGGCUGAUAACUUUGGGUUUGUUGAAGAUGAGAUCGACCUUGAGUACGAGCAGCUGAAGGAGCUCGAGGCCGAACAUGGGGUGGAGGAAGACGACUUCGACACGCUGAGAGGGGACUACAUCCACAUCGGGGAGGUCUUCCAAGGAUUCAGAGGCAACGACAGAGGAGCUCUCGAGUACCACAAAUAUUCCGACUUGUGGAGAAUUCCUGUCAAGGAACGGGGCGCUGUGUACAACGUUCUCCGAAACCUGGCAAAAGAGAGAAUCCUAGGCCAGUUUCGGCAAUUUGUCUCUGAGUAUAUGCGAAACUGCAAAAGUAUUCAGAUUGGAAAGUGGGAAAGAGACAAUGUUGUCUUACAAACCGCCAAAGUCAUCGGAGUGACUGCAACCGGUCUCAGCAAGUACCGGGGGUUGAUCUCCAGUUUGAAUCCGAGAAUCGUCCUUAUUGAAGAGGCUGCGGAAGUUAUUGAAGCGCCCAUCGCUGCUGCUUGCUUGGAGUCGGUGCAACACAUGAUCUUGGUAGGCGAUCAUCAACAGCUCAAAGGACAUUGCGCUGUGGAGGAACUGGGUGGUGAGCCCUUUUUCCUUGACAUGUCUAUGUUCGAGCGCCUUGUACGGAACGGACUUGAAUAUGUCACCUUGAGGAAACAAAGACGGAUGGCUCCUGAGAUCAGUCGUCUGUUGACUCCAAUCUACAGCGAACUCCAGGACCACGAAUCGGUGCACCACCGGCCUGGUAUUCCAGGUAUGGGAAAUGUGCGGUCGUUUUUCUUCUGUCAUGACUGGCCCGAGACCAGCGACAGUCUAUCAUCAAAGAUGAAUGAGACGGAAGCAGAGAUGAUUGUCGGGUUCUAUAUUCACCUCGUGCUCAGUGGCGUUCCUGACAAAGAUAUCACCAUCUUGACCUUUUACAACGGCCAGCGGAAGAAGCUGCUCAAGUUGCUGCGAAGUAAUUCAUACCUGCAGGGGCAUGCGGAGUGGCCAGAAGAGCAUCGGGUUCCUGGCAGUUGA